UGUUCUGGAACAGUGUUGUAAAUACAAUUUAUCCACUGAUUUCUAGUUGUGUCCUCUUUUGGAAGACCGAAAAUGGCGGUGGCGGUGGCAGCAACAAUAAAGUUACACUUUAUAUCUUUGCAUGAACAUUUAGGCGGUGUUAUGCUAAUCUUCCCACAUUGUGAUGUACACCUGUGGGAGCAUGUUUAACUGAGGUGUUUUUAGGAGGGUGUGGACGAAUAUUAACUUUUAUAAAGAAUAUCUAUUUGGGUUUGAGACUUUAGUCUUUGCAAUUUCAGGGAAAUUAUCUAUUCACAAACAGAUUGUAACACUCCAAAGAGAAAUUAAAACUUGAAAUUGCAUCAUAUGACCCCUUUAAACAACCAUGCUGAAAUAGGUACCCAUGUCCAUAUUCUAGGAUGACAAUACAGAGAUUCAUCAGGCUCAAACUGUGGCCAUCAAAGAGUACUGACCUUAACCCCAUUUAAAGUCUAGGGAUGUGCUGGAGUCGACUUUAUACUGCUAAAGUUUAUAUACUAAAAAAUGUUGUUCGGUGUGAUACCUUAUUUUCCAGCGAGAUAUGGGGACAAGAUGAGGUAUUGGCAUCAAGUGAGGUCAUAUGAACAUGGUAUGUUUUUGCAGCUGAAUUCUUGCAUGCCUCACACACCCACCUUGGACACGCAGAUGGCAUAUUUUCGAUCUAAUGAUCUCAGGUAUGCCAAAACCAUAAAGUUUCUCUCCAUGAUUCGAGAACUUGACAUAAGGACGGCCUCUAAAUGUCUGCACAUUAGUAUCCCUAUUGAUUCCUGAUGUUUUUGUUCGUUUGAAUGUUUUCUCACGGCCCCUCCCUGAAAAACAGACCUCAGGACUGUAUUUUAUCCUGCUCCAACAUUUUUGACUGCAAUAAAUCAUAAGUUUGCCAAAAGUUGGCCAUUUUAAUGCAAGGUGAUUACUUCCCUUCAGCAUUCUUUAAUCUUCUUUCAUCUAAAGUUGGAAGAAUUCUGUAUGGAUUUAUUGUUGAGAGCUUUGCAUCUGUAAAUUCUCAAGCAAACAGGGAAUGAUGGGCUCAAAAUUGCAGCGAUUAUGCCACACAUCACACCAGAGCUUUCACAGCUCAGUGUGUUAAUUGAAGAGAGUUGUGCAUUUCUCAACAGUGAGGGGAGAUGCUACGACUGUGAAAACAGCACUCGAGGGGGGGAGCGAGGGAGGUUGUGGGUGUGUUAGCGUAUGAGAGAAAAAAUAGGGGAAGGGAGGGAGAGAGGAGAGAAAUAAAAACAGCACAAGAGGACAGCAGACAGCACGGAGGAAAAAAAAUCCCUCUGAGGUUCCACCAUGUUCCUGCAGACUGUCUCCAUCCUCUUCCUCUCGGCCGUCCUCUUCGGCUGCCUGGAAGGGAAGGGUGUGCAAAUGCAGCGAGAUGUUCAGUGCUGCAUGCAGUACUCUCACGGCAAAGUCCGGACCAAAGACGUCCUGAGGUAUGAGAGGCAGACGGAGGGGCCGGAUUGCAGCAUAAGAGCCAUCAUAUUGUACACCAAAAAGGCGGUGAAGUGCGCUGAUCCAAGUGACAGGAAGGUGAAGAGGUUACUACGGAAACUGAACCAGAGGAUGGGACCCAAAGCCCGCAGGACCAUGUGGCUACAUAUGAAUCUACCCGCCAUGUCAGAGGUCGCUGUUGUUAACUCCCAAAAGAUGAACAAGACCAAGUGAAAGUUGAGGGAGGACAGGUGAUUCAUCAAACUCCAGCCUUCUUGUGUGUCAACUGUUUUCUUAUGUAGGAAAAUAUAUGUAGUCUCAUAUUAUUCCCUACCAAUCACUAUGUUAUCCAUAUAUAUUGUGAUAUUUAGAUGUCUUCUCAAAUGACUGUUAAUCUAUAUGCCAAAGUAUUCUUCUCUGAGACUUCUUAAAGGUUGUUUAUAAUCUCUGCAGCUAUGUAUAGUCUCUAUAACUUAUAUAAGCUCUUCUAUAGGGUCCAGUAAGCUGGUAUGACUGUUCUCAACCAAUUUAUAGUGCAAUUACAGAUGAUCUUGUGUAUGUUAAAACACAACUAAUUUUUAUAUAUAA